GAUAGACUCGGCAUUAAAAAUAUAAAUCUAUAAUGAAAAAAAAACAAUCACUGACUAAAAGUAAGUACACAAUUCCGAUGGCAAACAAAAUUAUGAUUAUGAACAUGUUCUUCAAGGGAUUUUACAAACACAAUAAUUAUCGUUUGCUUGUGCAGUCUCGUUUACUAUUAAAAACAAAUUUCAAACAGGUGCAAACUUUAGAUUGGGACGAAAAAACACAACAAAUGAUACUCGGAGCUUUCUUUUACGGUUACACACUCAUGCCGAUACCUGGAGGUUGGUUAGCUAGGAAUAUAGGCGGCAAACGAAUGAUUGGAUUUUCAAUUAUUUGUUCGAGUAUUCUAUCAGCCUUAAUACCAUGGGCAACUGGAGUCAGUGUUGGCCUAACUGUGACAUUGCGAAUUUUAGACGGACUGGCUCAGGGAAAUGUAAUACCUGCAACUGUCGUCUUACUGCAAAACUGGGCUCCGAAAUCUGAGCUAAAUACCAUGAUAUCAAUUGCUUUUGCAGGUAGGAAAUUUACACGUUUUGCCAUCCACCAGUUCUUCGUAAAAUUAAAAAUGUAUGGCCUUAUUAUGCCCAAGGUAGAACUGAAAGAAUAAUGGCAUAAUAUCAAUGAAGUUUGUUAAAAAUAUUUAAUAACUUAUACUUUACAUU